CUUCAGAGACGGUUCCCGGCUUGGGGAGCGCGAAAAUUGUAGAAUGAUCGGAACCUUCACUGCUGCAACUGCAGAUUAUUGGUCGGAGAUUGAUCACCGCUAGGGUUUCUCUGAGUUAUCUCUAAUCUCAUGGAGGACUUCGCCUUUCACGAUGGUAACGUUUGCGGUUUGCUCGAGAGCAGGCACAUCAACUUUCGUCAAGAUCCCACCUAUAGUUUGCCGAUGCACUCAUCAUUCAUCCAAAGACUCUCCCAGGAAAAGGAACUGGAGGGGCACCAGGGGUGUGUCAAUGCAGUGGCCUGGAAUUCUCGUGGUUCGCUUUUGAUAUCUGGAUCAGAUGAUACGCGGAUCAACAUUUGGAGCUAUUCUGGUCAAAAGCUAUUGCACUCUGUGGAAACUGGGCAUUCUGCAAACAUAUUUUGUACAAAAUUUGUUCCUGAAACUUCUGAUGAGCUUGUGGUCUCAGGAGCUGGGGAUGCAGAGGUGCGAUUGUUUAAUUUAUCUCGCUUGAAAGGGAGAAGACAUGAUGAUAGUCCCAUAGCUUCAUCUGCUUUAUAUCAGUGUCACACCAGAAGAGUAAAAAAAUUAGCUGUUGAAAUAGGGAAUCCAAAUGUAGUAUGGAGUGCUAGUGAGGAUGGGACUCUUAGACAGCAUGACUUUCGAGAGGGGAUGUCCUGUUCUCCCGAGGGAGCUUCUCACCAAGAAUGUCACAAUGUUCUUAUUGAUUUGCGGUGUGGAGCAAAGAGGUCACUUGCUGAUCCUCCCAGACAAACCCUUGCUUUGAAAUCCUGUGACAUUAGUUCCACUAGGCCUCAUUUACUUCUGGUUGGUGGAAGUGACGCAUUUGCACGGUUAUAUGAUAGAAGGAUGUUGCCACCCUUGUCGUCCAGCCAGAAAAGGAUGUCGCCACCUCCUUGUGUUAACUACUUUUGCCCAAUGCAUCUCUCUGAACGGGUUCGACCGGGUUUGCAUUUGACUCAUGUUACUUUUAGUCCGAAUGGAGAAGAGAUCCUUCUUAGCUAUAGUGGAGAACAUGUAUACUUGAUGAAUGUAAAUCAUGCUGGUUUAGGUACAAUGCAGUAUACAUCAGGAGAUGUUUCUAAAUUAAUGAGUUUCACUCCCAUACUCAACGGAUUGGAAUUGCAGCAUCCUGUUCCGAAUCUUUCUAACGGCUUGCCUUUAAAUGGUGGUGUUAAUGCGAAGCUUGAUAAAUGCAGAAAAUUAUUACAAAUUGCUGAAAAAUGCUUGGAGGGUGGCAACUACUUCGGUGGAAUUGAGGCAUGUAAUGAAAUUUUGGAUGGAUUUGGUCGUAUUAUUGGAGUUAUUCUCAAGCACGAUUCAUUAUGCACACGUGCUGCUUUAUUGCUCAAGCGGAAGUGGAAAAAUGAUGUUCAUAUGGCCAUAAGAGAUUGUUACAGUGCUAGGAAAAUAGAUAAUUCUUCUUUCAGAGCACAUUACUACAUGUGUGAAGCUCUAUCACAGCUAGGUAGACAUAAGGAAGCCCUAGAUUUUGCCUUUGCUGCUCAGUGUUUAGCCCCAUCUAAUCCCGAAGUGGCAGAGAAGGUGGAAAGUGUAAAGAGGGACCUCGCUGCAGCUGAAUUGGAAAAAUCAAAUAAAGACAAUGAUGGAGCUAUAAGAUCAGCACCGUUAGGUGGUGUAUUAUCAUUAAGUGACCUUCUUCACCGCUCAGAUGCAAACAGUGAUGUUUCACAAGAUGGGGUGAGAUCAGAAAGAGAAGAUUCUGACUAUGAUGACGAGGUGGAGCUGGACUUUGAAACCUUAUCAGGUGAUGAAGCCCAAGACGUCGAUUCUAACGUUCUACAUGGAAGUGUAAAUCUUAGAAUACAUAGACGAGUUGAUCCAGCAAUAGAAAGGGUUGGCGCGAAUGGCUCCUGUGGGUCUCCUUCAUCGUCACACAAUGAUGGAAUACUCUAUCAGCCUGAACCUGUCAUUGAUAUGAAGCAAAGAUAUGUCGGUCAUUGCAAUAUCGGAACUGAUAUUAAACAAGCUAGUUUUCUUGGGCAAAGAGGUGAAUAUGUUGCCAGUGGAAGUGAUGACGGGAGAUGGUUUAUUUGGGAGAAGAAAACUGGUAGACUGAUUAAAAUUCUUGUUGGAGAUGGAGCUGUUGUGAAUUGCGUCCAGAGUCAUCCAUUUGAUUGUGCCAUUGCUACUAGCGGGAUCGAUAAUACCAUUAAGCUAUGGACUCCAACUGCUCCAGUCCGAUCAGUCGUAGCCGGUGGAGGGAUUGGACCGCAGGCUGCCGAUGUGUUGGCUGCAAUAGAGAACAAUCAGCGCCGACUCUGCCGUAAUAGAGAAGCCAUACUGCCUUUUGAAAUUUUAGAGCGGUUUAGGAUGCAUGAUUUCUCAGAAGGAAGCCUUCAUCCAUUUGAAUGUGCUCAGAGUUGAUGAUAUGUAGGGGAUGCACGCAGAAAUUGGAAUAGUGAUAGUUGGUGGAGUAGCAGUUAGCACACCGAACAUUUUGUUCUAACAGACACUCCUAUGAGAAGUCUGGUUCAAGCUCUCUUAAUAUAGAACAUUUACCAGCCAAGCUAGUACUAUUCAAUUUUUGUUCUUUCUAUUGCCUUGUAAAUUAUUGUAAAUUUUGCUGCAUUUUUUUUUUCCUUUGACAAUUUGCUGUUUUUGCCAUUACAAUUUCCUUGCUUAUUUUAAUGUACAGAAUAAGAUGAAGCAGGAAGCGGGCAAAUCAAGUUCAAGUAUGUAUAUCAUGUUAUCUGGUCUUUCUUCCCAUUUUGAGCAUGCAUUUUUGGAUGUAUAGUAAAUAAUUUCAACAGAAUCAAAGAAAACGAUACACAUAUUUACAAAAAUCACACUUUUCUUUUAUAUAAAAAUUAAAAAAAACAUCUCUAAAAAUUUAAAUAUAUCUGGCCAGUUUAAGGAAAUAUUUCAAGAAAGUAAACCAAUCAAAAUAACUAACAACUAACCUAUAUUCCAUUUGUCUAACAUUCCUGUUAAAAAAAAUUACUGAAAAAAGCUUAAUUUUUUACGAUUAUGUGUGGAUUUAUUUUGAUAGUAAAAAAAUGGUUAUUACAAACACUGUUAUUAGUAUUCACAUUUAAUAGGCAUAAUUUUUCUAAAUGAUAUCAUCCACAUAUUUCCGGUGUUUUCCCAUGCGAAGUUGUCCUCCCAUUAGUGUUCUCUCUCUCCCUUCAUUUACUACAUUGAUUUAAUGUUAAUAUUGUUACUUAAUAUGGCCCUGUUGAAGUGAUGAGGAAUGAUAAUGAGAAGGUGAAUAAUCAACCUCAGGUGGGUGGAGUAUGGAUUUUGGGAAGCAUGUCGAAGUGUUAAUAAUACAUGCUUUAGAAAUUGUACACAUCCUAUACAAUUUCAGACUCCCUAUUGCUUCCACUGGUUGAGCAAGAUCACACUGUUGUGCGGGAAGAAUUAUCAUUAGUUACUGCACUGCAGGAAUGCCCUUUACUACCCCCUAAAGAAGGAAGAGCUCCCUGUCCCUCCCUAGUGGCAUUCAAGCCAGGUUUCAUGAAUGGAUCGAGAAUUGUCAUGAAAAUUUGGUCCAUGAAUUUAUUGAAUUCAUUUGGUUCAUCUUCCAUAUUGAUCUGGCAUUCGAUAUCAGUAAACAAGAGAGAGAUUAGGAGGAGGCAGGGGUUGUAGAGGUGGCAUUAAAAGCUUUGGUGACAUCUGUGGGUCUUGCUGUCCGUUGGAGGGUUGAUGAACUAAGAGAUCCAAGAACAUUAUUAUCCUUUCUCUAAGAUCAUUAAUAGCAAGGGGAUCGUUGUAGGUAAUCGAUCUUACAAGAAACUUUUGUUUUUCGUGAUUCACAUGGGAGGUGGUCUAGGCCAUUGAUGAAAGGGCUAAAAACCGAGUAGGAUUCUUCUCUUCCCCUAAAAAUGAUAAUGUUUCUUUCUUUCUAAUCAGAGGAACUGGUGUUCUAUUAUUUGUUAUUUAUCAGCAAUGUGAGAUCGGCAAUAAAUGCCGAAAUACAAUUCAUGGCCAGAA